AGAGCUUGCCUGAGCUUGCUUCCAUCAUCCCCUUCGUCUGCAAUCCAUCAAAUGUCCCACCAGCUGCCAAUAUUCAAUGUGUGCUCACGAUACGCGAGACUUCCAGUAUGUACUGAAGCUCACACAUUAUUUUGGGACUAGGGGCUGGCGCUUGGAAUACAGUUCCAGUCAGCUCUGAAAUACUGUACUGACAUGGCUGACACUGAUGUGUAUGUCGUUCUCGUCGCUGCGGUACCACUGAUCUCUUCACGGCAUACUUUAUCAUGAAUAAGAACGACGCGCCCGAGCUGAGUUCGAACAGAUGUACUACUCCUGCUCGUACCUUGACGGAAUACCAGGUCCCAGUUCGUCAUCCAGAUCCAUCUUUCGAUGACGGAAACAUAGCCGUUCUCGCCGAGCACACAUACUUUUUGGUUCAUCGAGGUGUACUGUCGCACCAUUCUGCACCCCUUCGGGAAAUGAUUGCGAGAACGUUGUCUGAUAGCAACGUGCAGUCUGUUGAAGAAAGACCUGUCCUUGUUUUACCACAUCCUCCGCAAGACCUGUCUUGUUUCCUGCGUGUGCUUUACGGUUUUCCCGUUUCUCUAGAUGGGACUGACUUUCAAGCAACCUCUGCUUUGCUAAGACUCUCCACUGUCUAUGAAGUUGAAGGCCUUCGAGCAGAGGUCUUGCGGAGGCUUUAUCUGUCUUGGCCACGUAUUUUGCCACAAUGGGAAGCACGUGAGAGGCGUGUGACGGAUGCUGACGGAGUCUAUGCUCCUCGACCGUCCAUUCCACAUCCUACUUUGAUCAUCGACCUUGCUGAAAGCGUCGAUGCUUCCGGUCUACUUCCAUCUGCUUUCUAUGAUCUUUCGCGCUAUCUACCUAGUCAAAUCGUGGCCGAUUUCAUCGAUACCCAAACUUCUGCAGUCUUCACACUCUCACCUAGCAAUCUCCAUAAGAUUCUACGCGGAAAGGAACAUUCUGCUCGAUACCUCUCUACUUUUAUAGUGAACGAACUCGAAGGACGCAUGCCAUCCAAAUAUUGCAUCUAUCGAAACGACCCCCAACCAUCUCGCAAACGAUGCUGUCAGGUUGCUUUCGAAACCAUUACUCUCGGUAUCCUGCGCGACGCGAAUGGCAUUGUUCUCAACCACAACUCUGACCCUCUCUUCGCCAUCGCUGAUAGUCUUCUCAUGCAAACCAAGGGCGACAAUCCGGGCGCAGAAAACAGAGCUGUGUAUCGGGCUUGCGAAGCCUGUCGGUCGGAAUACGGAGCUGUUGUCCGUACAGCAAGGGAAGAGUUCUGGCGCAGGAUCCCUGAAUGGUUCGAGCUGACCGUGGAGAACUGGGGCUGACUUAUCUAUGCCUUGCUACUUCGCUCUGUAUCUCUGCUUCUGGGCGUACACCUGCUUGCUUGUUUUGAUUAAUGCUAUCUUGUACUACUCAGGAUUUCUUAUUCUGUCCUGGUCUGAUUGCUAUCCCUUAUAAAAUUGUGUUUCAUAUUUGCCAGUGUCACACACCG